CGCUUGGACUGCAGCUGUUGCACGUUCUUUGGGGGGGUGGGGGAGGGGCGGUAGUGCUCUGAAAACCAGACCCCAACAGUUGGAACCUCGACAAUGGACCAAGUGCUUGAAAUUCCCGAAGAGGCAAACGUGGAGCCGAUAUCCUCUCUGGAGGAACAUGUCAUCCGCGGGGCCAGCCCCCGAUUUACCUUUCCAUUUGGCAUCCUCUUCUCCACUUUUUUGUACUGUGGGGAGGCAGCAUCUGCCUUGUAUAUGGUUAGAAUCUACCGGAAGAAUAGUGAAACCUACUGGAUGUCGUACACCUUUUCUUUCUUUAUGUUUUCAUCCAUCAUGGUCCAGUUGACCCUCAUUUUUGUCCACAGAGACCUGGCCAAAGACAAGCCACUAUCAUUGUUUAUGCAUCUAAUCCUUUUGGGACCUGUUAUCAGAUGUUUGGAGGCCAUGAUUAAGUACCUCACACUGUGGAAGAAAGAGGGGCAGGAGGAGCCCUAUGUCAGCCUCACCCGAAAGAAGAUGCUAAUAAAUGGCGAGGAGGUGCUGAUAGAAUGGGAGGUGGGCCACUCCAUCCGGACCCUGGCUAUGCACCGCAAUGCCUACAAACGUAUGUCACAGAUUCAAGCCUUCCUGGGCUCAGUGCCCCAGCUGACCUAUCAGCUCUAUGUGACUCUGAUCUCUGCAGAGGUCCCCCUGGGUAGAGUGAUGCUCAUAGUCUUUUCCCUGAUAUCUGUCACCUAUGGGGCUACCCUCUGCAACAUGUUGGCUAUCCAGAUCAAGUACGAUGAAUACAAGAUUCGCCUCGGGCCACUAGAAGUCCUGUGCAUCACCAUUUGGCGGACACUGGAGAUCACCUCCCGCCUCGUGAUUCUCGUGCUCUUUUCAGCCACCUUGAAGUUGAAAGCUGUGCCCUUCUUACUGCUGAACUUCCUGAUCAUCCUCUUUGAGCCUUGGCUGAAGUUCUGGAGGAGUGGUGCCCAGAUGCCCAAUAACAUUGAGAAAAAUUUCAGCCGAGUGGGCACCCUGGUGGUGUUGAUUUCUGUCACUGUCCUCUACGCUGGCAUCAACUUCUCUUGCUGGUCAGCUUUGCAGUUGAAGUUAGCAGAUAGGGACCUUGUGGAGAAAGGUCAGAACUGGGGACACAUGGGCCUGCACUAUAGUGUGAGAUUGAUAGAGAAUGUGAUCAUGGUCUUGGUUUUUAAGUUCUUCGGAGUGAAAGUGUUACUGAAUUACUGUCAUUCCUUGAUUGCCUUGCAGCUCAUCGUUGCUUAUCUGAUUUCCAUUGGCUUCAUGCUCCUGUUCUUCCAGUACCUGCAUCCGUUGCGCUCACUCUUCACCCACAAUGUAGUGGACUACCUCCACUGUGUAUGCACCCAUCGACACCCUCGGGGUAGGGUUGAGAACCCAGAGCCAUCUGCUGAUGCCGAAGCAAGGCAAAGCAUUGUCUGAUUCUAUCUUUCCGAUAUUUGGGGAUGGGUUAAGGGAUGCCAAGACCAACUGUAGAACUGAAGAAGAUGAUGAGGCUCUUGGGUGAAUAUCCACUAGGGUAUUUUUUUGAGUUUUCUGGUAAGCCUAUCAGAAGAAAGAGCAGCCCCCAAAUAGAUUUUAUUUCCUUAAGAUUGACUGCUAUGUUUGAACACCAAGGUAACUACUACAUAUCUGGGAG